AUGGCUGCUCUGAGGCGGAUCGAAGCACUUCGUGAGAAGCUGAGAACGCUAGGGCUUCGGCCAGCCGUCGCGAUGGCUGCACAUAACCCUCUGUCGGCGAAAUUGGUAGCAGAAGCGGCUGGUUUUGAUGCGAUUUGGGCAAGCGGAUUCGAACUUUCUGCGUCUUAUGCUGUACCCGAUGCAAGUAUAAUCUCUCCAAGCACUCAUCUCGAAAUGACAAGGGCAAUGGGGGAAGUCCAAAGCCUUCCCAUUAUCGCGGACCUCGACACAGGGUUUGGAAAUGCCGUCAACCUUGCGUAUGCAAUCCCAAAGUACGAGGCCGCAGGCGUGGCUGCUAUCGUGAUCGAAGACAAGACUUUCCCAAAAGAUAGCAGCCUUCGUGUUGAUGGCCGACAGUCACUUGUAUCUAUUCCCGAGUUUCAAGGAAAAAUUACGGCGGCCAAAAACUUGGGCUCAAUGCUGGUUUUUGCUCGGACGGAGGCUCUCAUUGCAGGUUUGGGGCAAGCAGAAGCCUUAAAGCGUGGACUGGCGUACGUUGAAGCUGGGGCGGACGCAAUCUUGAUUCACAGCAAGCAGAAGACUCCGGAUGAGAUCCUUGAAUUCUGUCGUGCCUGGCCCAACAAAGUGCCAUUGAUAAUUGUGCCAACAAGUUACCCUCAAUUGUCUUUUGAAGAGAUUUCCACACUGACUCAAGGCAAGGUACGUCUUGUGAUAUGUGGAAAUCAUAGUAUUCGGACAAUAACUACUGCAUUGAGACGAACGUUCAAGCAAAUAUUGCAAGAGGGUGGUAUUGCCGGAGUCGAGAGUGAGAUUGCACCUGUGCGAGAUGUCUUCAAUUUGCAGGGUGAUGCAGGAAUGAAGGAACUUGAGGAUAAAUAUCUGCUGAAGUAA